AUGCCGCCACCAAGCGCAAAUCCUGUCCGGCCCCAUAGAACCUCCUUGAAGAAUUGGUUUCGGAAAACCUUUGUCUCCCCACUGCUUUUCCUGGGUUUGGUAACCCUGAUCUCCGGUGCUUUUGGUGGGUCAUGGGGUUUCACCCUUGCACGACGGGCGAGUCACGGAGUGCGGGAGGACGGCACGCAGAGGAGCGAGCUUCAAUCAGAUCUAGAAGGGACUGUUGGUGCAGCGUCACUUCUCCAGAGCGUCAAAUUGAACGCACAAUUUCGCACAAUCCUGAUGCGUCCUCAGAAGCAUGGGAAACUUACAGAAGCCAAGAAGAGCAGCCGAAGUCAGAAGCUAAGUAUUGAAACUGAUGAGGAUCGCGGCGAGCUUUUAGGGACGGGGGCAGCUGCGGAGAGCGGCCUAAGAGUGCAAGUGAUUGAGGGCGGGCUCAAGGGAUCCCUCCACGAAGAACCGGGAUUCGUGCGCUGGCGCGACUCCGUCAUUCUCCUCGGUUCUUUCAACGUUAGCAGAGACUAUGCCCCGGUCUUGUCAGCCACCCACCAUGAGCUCCUAGCGAUUGGCAGCACCAGAACCACAAUCUACAAUCUGACGACCGGUGACGUCACAAUUGGGCCGGAUUUCCCCGUGCUCAUGCACCACCCGGCCGCAGCAAUUUCCCCCGGGGGGGUGGUCCAUCUGGUCGGAAGUGCCGACUGGAGUGACAUGAGUAGUCCAAACAACGACGCGUUUCAUUUCACUUGGGAUGUCGAGGGGGGUGCAACGGACUGGAUUGACAGGGCGCGGGUUUUGGGGGCGGCGGGGGGGUUCAGCUGCGAGUUUCUCGGGGAGUUUAUGUACUGCUGCGGAGGGGGAAGACGGCUUCAGGAACGGACGGGGGAUCUCCUUCGGGUCUAUAAUCCAGCAAACGACAGCUGGUCGGAGGCUGCCCCGCUGCCUGAGCCAGCGGACCACGUCACACUGCUCGUCUAUGAAGGCGAACUCUGGGGAGUCGGGGGCGCGUCAAGUUUCAACCCUAGAUAUGGAGCCUAUAACCCAAAAUUCACGUCACACGACCACUACCGGCACUCCAUCACCCAGCUCGCGGUCUAUAACCCGAGCACUAACCAAUGGUUGGUUAAGCAACCACUGCCGUACUCCAGGGCGGCCCCGAUUGUCGCUUUAGUUCAGCGCCCGGGGAAACGGGCGAGCAUGUUAAUGGGAGGGGGCGAGGUGUAUCUGGGUUCGAACGGGAUGGCGGUGACGUCACUGUCCGAGUACGACUUUGGAGAAGACGUCUGGUUCUGCCACGUGGAUCCGCUUCCAUUUCCGGUCUUCGGAGCGGGUUCCGCCCUCUGGAAUGACAGAUGGUACAUCCUCGGGGGUGGGGAAAGCUACAAUCUGGCGGCCACGGACCGCGUCAUGAUUGUCGACGUGGCCAAUCUGCCUACCCCAGAGCCGUGCGCCGGUCAGCAGGGGAGACAGGAAAAGACGUGGUGGCAAACUAGAGCCGCGAGCUGGCAGAAAACCUUUCCCUACCCCAAGCAAUUUUUGGAGAAGCGGUAA